UCGGUGACCCCCCCCCCCCGGUGACCCCCCCCCCCCGCCAUGGCCACCGUGAAGAACAUCGCCAUCUUCGGGGCCACCGGCCGCACGGGGCUCCCCACGCUGGCGCAGGCCCUGGAGCAGGGGUACGUGGUGACGGUGCUGGUGCGGGAUCGGGCCCGGCUGCCCGAGCGGCUCCGCCCCGCCCGCGUGGUUCUGGGGGACGUGCGGGACCCCGCGGCCGUGGGCGAGGCCGUGCGGGGCCAGGACGCCGUCAUCAUCCUCCUGGGGACGAGGGACGACCUGGGCCCCACCACGGUGAUGUCCGAGGGCACCAGGAACAUCGUGACGGCCAUGAAGGCUCACGGCGUCCGCAAGGUGGUCGCCUGCCUCUCGGCUUUCCUGCUGUGGGACCUGCAGAAGGUGCCCCCCCGGCUGCUGCCGGUGACCGAGGACCACAUCCGCAUGCAGAGCAUCCUCCGGGAUUCGGGGCUCGACUGCGUCUACGUCAUGCCCCCCCACAUCGCCGGGGACCUCCCGCUGACGGGGGAUUACGGGGUGUCGGGGGGCUGCGGGGGCUCCCGCCUCAUCUCGGCGCCCGACCUCGGCCACUUCCUCCUGCGCUGCCUGCGGACCCCCGCCUACGACGGGCAGAGCGUCCACGUCUCCCGCGAGUACCCCAAGGCCUAGGGGAGCCCCCGGAGACGGGACCCCCCGAAAUCCCCCCGGCACCCCCUGAAAGCCCCCCGAACCCGGCCCCCAAAUCCUCCGCAAACCCUCCCCCAAAAUCCUCCCAAAUCCUCCCUGACCCCCCAAAUCUCCCCAAAAUCACC